AGUGAAACUUCUCUAAACCGGUCCCUCUUAAUACCGGUUCUCCUUUCAUACCGGCCAAACCAACAAGUCCCGGCCGGCGUGUAUGUAAAUAAACGGUCAGGUAACCUUAUAAAACCGGUCACCCCUUUAAACCGGAUACCGGCCGUUAUUUGUGUAUUUGUGUAAUCAAAAUCAAUAAAAUAUCACCUCAUAAAACCGGCCUUCUCAUUUGUAAUCAUUAGUCCAUACAUAAUACUGUUAUAUAAACAAACAAGUUAAUCCGGUCAAUUAGACACCUGCAUGGUCACUGAGUAGUGUUUACCUGUCAAUGUCAAAUCAAUACCCGAAUAAAUUAUCGGUUGAGAGAUUAUGAUCUUCACCCACGCUAAUCAAUGAUGAUAAUUAAUUUUCAUUAAAUGUUUUAGCUUGGCUCCUUUAUUUGAUCAUUUUUAAAAAAAUAUGUUUUAGGAAAUUACAGAAAUUAAUCACUUGGAUCUUUCAAAAUAAAUCCUAAAUAGAUAUCGUCGGGAUAAUCUAUUGAUGAUUAAUUUAAACUAAUGAUACACGCUUUUAAUAAAAUAAAAAGGGUAGUUACUGCAGUAAUUCAUCAAUAAUGUCUCGUCCAGUGAAACGUCAACGUGUAGAGUUAUCACUUAGUGAUAAAGUUAAAUUGAUAAAAGAUCAUGACUCAGUACCUAAGCCAUCACAGAGAGAGCUUGCUGAAAAGUAUAAAGUAGGCAAGUCGACAGUCGGCGAUAUUCUACGCAAGAAAGAUACUUACCUGCAACAGUUUGAGCUUAACGCCAAUUCUUCAAAGCAAAGAUUUAACACCAACUGCAAAUUCUUUGAUAUCAACGACAUUGUAUGGAAAUGGUUCAAUACUGCCCGUGCAAAAGGCAUACCCAUUUCCGGACCAAUAAUCCAAGAAAAGGCACUUCAGAUUGCAGAUGAACUCACCAUUCCAGACUUCAAAGCUUCAAAUGGAUGGUUAGAUAGAUGGAAGUCCCGCUAUUCUGUACACGCAUUUAAAGUAAAUGGAGAGAGUGCCAGCGUAGACACAACAACAGUAGAAGAAUACCGCACCAGGUUACCAGACAUCACAAAAGGCUACUCACAAGCAGACAUCUUCAACUGUGAUGAGACAGGGUUAUUUUAUCGGGCCUUACCAGAUAAAACACUCAACGUAAAAGAUCAAUCAUGCAAAGGUGGAAAAAACGCAAAAGAGAGGCUCACUGUCAUGUUCGCCUGCAGCUCCACUGGUGAAAAGUUGAAACCACUUGUCAUAGGAAAGUCGUACAACCCACGCUGCUUUAAGAACGUCAACAAAGGAAACCUACCAGUCACCUACUACUCUAACAAGAAAGCCUGGAUGACAACUAAUGCCUUCAUCGACUGGUUACGCACCGUCAACACAACAAUGAGAUUGCAGCGCCGACACAUACUUAUGUUCCUGGACAACGCAUCUUCCCACUCAAAAGAAUUGAACUUAAGCAAUAUGACACUUUAG